CGCAUGGAUCAGUCGUGAAAUGAAAAAUGCCGGUGGAGGACGCGUUUGUUGUGGGCUUUGUCACAGCACAGCUCAUCAGAGUAUACAUCAGAGCGGCAGCCGGUUGGCAGCAUCUGUAACUUGAAAGGUUGAUGGCCCAGGUGCAUCGUACAACUUCGGUUGGUGGGGAGCUGUAGUUUUAUUUUCUUUCUGCUCAAGUUCACAGCAAGUGUCUUGGACGACAGAUAUUGGAUUCAUCUGCUUGACUUGUCCGUCACUUGCUUCAUCUCACAUCAAUACAAGCAAUGUCUUCGUUACCAACCUGCUUCUCUGAGUUUAUCCCUGUGCUGUCAGCACAUAGCCAAAAGUCGUUCAGUUGGAGGAUGAACAAAGUUAAGAAGGUGGUCAUCUUUGACAAAGAUGGCACCCUUAUAAACAUUCAUGUGCAGUGGGCACCCUGGAUUAGGAAGGUUAUAGCAAGUAUUGAGUCCAAGACAAAUCUUGCCAUCUCGGCUGAAGCCUUUGGUGCACUUUCUUUUGACGAUGAAGCUGGAAAAAUUCUACCUGGAGUCCUUGGUGAAGGGACCGUCGAAAUGAUAAGAGACUGUCUGUCAUCCAUUCUGCAGAAAGUGGGCAGCAUUCCUCAAUGCCAGGCAGACCAAAUAGUAGAUGAGUGCUUAGAGGCCUGUAGCUCCCUGAAGUCAGGAGUUAUUCAGCCCCUUGGUGAUGUGAGAGGCAUGUUCCGUAGACUCAAACGUAGAGGCUAUCAGAUAGCCAUCAACACCUCAGACAGUCGUGCAGUUACUCUCAGAACUCUUCAUAUGCUGGGUGUGUCAAAGCUGGUUGAUGCUGUGGUAUGCGGUGAUGAUAUUGGGAUGAUUGCUAAACCACAUCCAGUGUCGGCUUACAGUAUCUGCGCUCAACUUGACGUUUGGCCCAAAAAUGCCAUUAUGGUUGGGGAUUCACCUUGUGAUGUUCAACUGGGCACAAAUGCAAAACUUGGCUGUGCAAUAGGAGUCCUGACUGGCAUUGCUUCAAGACAAGCUUUGGAAACAGAUGGGCAGGUGGUUGUAGAGAAUGUCACGGAGGCUGUGGACAUGAUCUUGUCAAACAGGACUUAAAAACUGGAGGUCUAGAUCAAUUGAUAACCAUGGCAACCAAAUUGUGAUCUUUAUGUCUUAAACAGUGCAAUAGAGGAGAACUACCUGUGUUUUAUCCUAUUACAGUGUGCAUUUUUUAACAAUAGAAGCUAUUUUGUUCAUACGUGUAUUGGAGUUGACAGACGUUAUGCAUCGGAAGUUGUUUUAUGUGUUAUAUUUUCAACUAUUACCGCAAGAAAGAUUUUGGGCUUAUCGUUUUGAGAUGCCUCUGGUAAAAAUCAGAGUAACUGAAAUGGAAAGAUUUUUUAAACUUUCAUCUGUUCAUUAUGAGCAUUUGCUUUGGUUGAGCCUGUUUGGUUUAUGAGUUCAAAUCUUAUGGCGUUACUCAUAUUCAGAACAAUGAUUGAUCUCAACAUUUCUGAGUUUAGCAUAGACAGGCAUGCAACUUCGACUUUGACAAAAAACAAAGA